GGUGUAUGGAUGGUUGCUUCAAGUCAGGCGAGUCUGAAUAAAACAUAGUUUAAGCUAAUUUGUGGCAGCAUAAAACAUUCAAAGAUGUCGUUUUUAAGCCGCGAAAGGCCGGCUUUCGCAAACAUGAGGGUUUUGCAAACUUAUGGCAACAAGUGUAUCAAGUCCAGAAGCUCGUAAUUUGGCAUUUUCGAGCCCUGAAGUUCGGUGGGUUGUUUUGGUAGUUUUGGUAGAAUUUUUUAGUUUUUUCUUGGGACUUUGUAAGAUUUUGGUGUUUCGUUUUCACGGCAUGAGGUGUAUCGAUAGGUGAGACGACCUGUGGCGCUUGCGUAAAUCAAUGUGCGCCGUCCGGUAUCUUCAACACCCGGACGGCGUCAUCAGCGGAACCGACGCUGCCGCCAGUAUCGAAAAGCAGCGUCGUGAAGCGUCAUCGUUCGCCUCUCUAGCCCCAGGUCGUUGUGCAUUUCAGAUUGCGAUGGCAUCAAAAUGAGAUGAUUUAGAUAAUAGGAAUUUACCACUGACAAUCGAUUAAUGUAUCUAAUAGUUUAUUGUUGAAAUAAUAAGUGUGCUUAGUCGUUAAAAUCAUGAAGAAUAACGAUGAGACAAUUCUCGAAAUUCUUCAAGGACACAAAACUUCUAAAUGGCCGGCUGCGAAACUCGUUAAAAUUUUCAUUGCCAGCACUAAAGCAGAUUUUGUUGAAGAGCGACGUCUUUUGCUUGAAUAUGUUGGUCCAGAACUUCAAACGGUAUUCGAUGAACAAAAGAUUGAGGUCGAACUAGUCGAUAUGUUUUUCGGAGCGUCUGAAAAGGAUACCUUCGACGCGAAAUUAUUCGAGGAUCAUUUAAACGAAAUAAGAAUGUGCCAUAAGUUAUCACGGGGAUGUUUCUUUUUGAGUUUAGUUGGGAAUAAAUACGAACCUCUUAUAGUUCCUCCUCGUUUAAAAUCGGAAAAUUUUGAAGCCUUAGUCGACAAAGUAGGAGAAUUGGGGCUCAAUUGUGAUAUAUUAGAAAACUGGUACUUCAAGGAAGGAAACGAAUAUAUAUUAAAAGACUGCAGAUUCUCAACUUUAGAAGAAUGGAGAGCUAUAUCAGAAGAAUUAAUCACUAUAAUUCACGAAUGUUUGCAAAACAUGCCUGCAACAACAAAGAAAAAAUUUAGCUCGUAUUUAAAAUCAGUUGUCGAACAACAGUUUAAUUUUGCUUUAGGGUUGGCACCCGGCACUGCUCAUCACGUGUUAAACAUUUUUAGAGAAUGGGACGUACCUGAAGAGACUGAAAAAUUUCAUCAGGAAAAUUCUAGCCAUGUUAAUAAAACUAUAGAAAACUAUUGUCGUGAACAAAUAAAGUUGUUUCAUUCGAAUAUAAAAUUACUUAUUCCAGAAGAAAAUAAUCUUAAUUUCAAAGUGCCUUGGAAACCUGGGGGAAUAAAUACGAUACAUGCAGAACACGAAGCAUAUCUAAACGAAUUUAAAAGUCGUGUUUUAAAUAAAUUAAAAGAUUUAAUUAGACAAAGUUUGGACGAUGAACCGGAAUUGAAAUCUAAAAAGAAGAUCGUCGAGGAGAACUUUCAAGAAAAUAUAACUCACUUAACUCUUUGUUAUGACGAUAUCAAAGUAGAUUUUUCCAAUUCGGAAAUCUUGGAGCGAGUUAAACAGAUAGUACAAAACACUACAAAUGUUAGACAUAAUCCAAUUUUGAUAUACGGCAACCCUGGUUCGGGAAAAACCUCGCUUAUACAAACAAUAUACAGAAACUUCGAAAAGUGGUUUACAUGCAGAACUCUUAGAAUAAUAAGGUUUACUUCAACGACCCCUCGAUCCUCAUAUAUUUUAGAGCUGUUAAGAGUCAUAUGCCAACAAAUUUGCAUAGCAUUAAAGCUUCCAGAAGGUUUCUUGCCAAAAGACGCUUCCUUCGAUCCUUUGUAUAUUAACAACUGGUUUCAAAGUUUACUCAGAAAUUUCGAGGAUAUGAAUCAAAUCCUUGUUAUAUUCAUCGACGAUUUACAUUUACUCAAUCCGUUAGACGCCGACGCCGUUAAUGCCCUCAGCUGGAUACCAAUAACUCUACCCAAAAGGGUCCACAUGAUAUGCACAACUUCCACAGAACUGGACAAACUCAGAAUGACGCCAGUGCAAAAAGAAAGGUUCAAAAACCCAGACUCCUACCUCGAAUUACCCGCAGUUGAUCCAUUCGACGACUACGUGAAUAAGAAAUUUGACAGUUUGGAGGAGUUUUUUACGAAAAACGCGGUGGCAAAGAUAUCCUCGUUGAUAAGUUGUUCGGAGUACGGUCUGACUGAGACUGAACUUUUGGAAAUUUUAAUGCCGACGAGUAAUAGCGAGGCAGUAAUUCAUGUCGAAGACGGUAAUUUUAAUUUUUCUUCCCUGUGCUCCAUCCGGCGAAAGUUGGAACCUCUCCUUAGGGAGAAAAUAAUGAGCGGGAAAUUACUGAUCGAAUGGAGUCACGUGACGAUUAAAGAGAUUGUGCGGAAGCGUUAUCUCCACAAUCAGGAAACUUUAAGGAGCACACAUUCGGAAUUAGCUAACUUAUUUUUCUACGAGUUUUGCAGCGAUGAAAGCUGCGACGAAGAGGACGAAGAAGGGGAGCCAGCACCGCUUUUAUCCGAAAUUAGGGAAACUCCAUUUCAGUCGACGGUUUAUAAAGACGUUACGUACAGUCAAAGACAUAUCGAGGAAGCUUGGAUCCAUCUUUUGCUCGCUGGUGAUACAAUUAAACUGAAAAGCUUGUGUAUGUGCAAUUACGACUUCCUUCUUGCCGCUUUGCAAACGUUUUCGGUUAGCUACUUGCGAUGCUUGCUGGAGCAUGUCCGAUGUUAUCUUCUUGAUAGAGAGAUCGAAUUGGUUUACUACUCUAUUAGGAAGUCCACGGAUGUAUUAACUCGGGAUACUUAUCAAUUAGGCACUCAGCUUAUCUCUUGGUUGAGGCCGGUCAUAGAACGUGGUGGUGGUUUGAUGAGCUCUAUGGUCACUUCUGCCAUGGCUUGGUGCGAUGGUUUCACUUUACCUCUUGUGGUUCCAUUAACAGACUGGCUUCAACCACCUCUUCCACAACAAUCCCGCGUCAUUAACACACCGAAUGUGCGACUUAUCGAACCCACUCCUUCCGGACAACAUGUUGUUUGUGUUGUCGAUUCCGAGCCGCAGCUUUGGCACAUAAUGAGCAACCAAUUAGUGCACACCUUUAAAGGUCAUACGGGGAAAAUAAUUUGUAUGGCUGUGACCAAACAUUCCCAGUUCUUGUUUACCGGUUCGGAUGAUUUAAGUAUAAUCGUUUGGGACUUGAAAUCAUUCGGUAUUAAAUUACGAAUUCAUGAACACAUCGCACCGGUUUUGUGCAUUACCGGCGCUCUCAAUAACUCGGUCAUUAUCAGUGGAGGAGAGGACAGUAGCAUCAUUAUAACUUCUCUGGCAGAUGGACACGUCGUUAUGAAAAUAGACCACCAUCGAGGCCCCGUAACUUCCGUCAAAGUCACUUCGACGGGUGACAUCUUAGUUUCGGGAAGUCAUGAUGGAAGAGUCUGUUUGUGGUCUUUGGAAACUUACAGUUUGCUUAAUACGAUUACGCUACAAUCGCCGAUACAAAUGAUCGAAGUUUCGGCCGAUUCGGUCUUUCUAUUAGCUUGUUGUAGGGACAACAAUCUCUAUUUACGCACAUUGGCGACGGGAACCGAACUACACAGUUUAGUCGAGCAUAAGACAAAGGUCAGGUCAAUUUGUCUUACUCAAGACAGCUGUAGAGCUGUCAUUGGGGGUGCAGACGGAAAAGUUUACAUUUACGAUAUUCAUAGUGCCAAAUUAAUUAAAUGCUUGACGGGACAGAACGGUGAAGUUAGCGCCGUUCGGGUGACUGAAAAAGACGAUUUUCUUUUAACCGCCGGUGGAAAUCGUGUUAUAUUUUAUCCGUUUCGAAGCGACGAUCACAUUAAGAGUUUUUCAAAGAUGAAGAAGAAGUCGCAGCAUCAUUUACAAGCCCAUGGCGGCUUCUUAACGUGUCUGGACAUUUCACGAGACGGGCAAUUAUCAGUGACAGGUGCACUGGACCAUAUUGUGAAUGUCUGGCAGCUUAAUAGUCAAGAGUUAGUAUUGACUCUGAAGGGACAUUCGGGUCCCAUUACGGCGGUUAGUUUCGCUGCAAAUGGAUUAUUUGUGGCGUCUGGUUCCGAAGAUAAAACAGUCAAAGUUUGGGGUCUAACUCUUGGUACAUUAGUCUCGACGUUUACGGGUCACCAAGCUGCCGUUUCGACAGUAUUUGUUAUGAUGGAUUCGACUCGGAUAAUCUCGAGCGACCGAAAUGACACUCUAUGCAUUUGGCUGGCAGAUAACGGAAACCUUUUACAAACAUAUCCCGGUCCUAGCAAAUGUGUUAGAGUUACAAAUAAUAUGAAGUACGCAAUAGCAACAAAUGGAGACGUCUCGUUGAAAAUUUGGUCUUUAGUUAAAGACGACGAGAAGUAUAAUGUCAACCAUUCCGAAAAAAUAACUUGCUUUGUUCUAACAAUAGACUCUCAACACAUUAUCACAGGGUCAAGGGAUAUGUCAUUGAAAGUUUGGCAAGUCGUCGGAGGGAAACUCUCUCAAGUCUUGAUCGGCCACACGGACUCGGUAACUUGCGUGGCAGUUUCAGUUUCGGAUAAAAGUCAAGUGAUUUCGGGAGCGUGCGAUAAUAACCUUAUAGUCUGGGAUAUAAACACCGGUGCCGAUUUAUACACACUUUCCGCGCAUUUAAGUUACGUUACUUGCGUUAAAUUAUCAGGGGAUGGAACAAUAGCGAUAUCAGGAUCCGACGACAAAAGCAUAAUCAUUUGGGACACAAAAAGAGGCUUACAACUAACUUCGCUCCAAUUACAUUACCCGAUCAUAAGCAUCGAACCCACAUCAGACUUUUCCCGAAUUUCGGUCUUAUUGAAAGACACUAACUUCAUGCCAAUUAUUUGCUUGCACAACACUCCGGCAAAGUACGUCAAACUCCCAACUUAUUGCGCACCCGACAAGGAUAUAAUAGAAAAUCCCAAACCGGCCCCGAAACGGCAAAUGAAGAGAUUAUUAAAGAAGGAAGUUUCUUUAGAUACGUACACUUGGCAAAAGAAAUACGCUCAUCUCACUUCGAAUUUGGUAAUUCCGGCUGUCGAUGAGCGGUUCAAGCGCCGAUUUUCGGUAUCCGCGAGUAUGGAAGAAAUCUCGAAAAUCCCACAAAUUAAAGACUCGCAGGGUGGCUUGGGAGCGAAACAAGCUUCUCUAGCGCAAUCUCAGCAUUUUGAUCAAUUGGAAGCUUUGUGGAAUAAACGUUCGCCACCGCGACGGAGACUUCAUCAGUCCCUAUCCAAACAAUCAUCUUUGGCCGAAUCGCAUCUCGAUUCGUCGGACGAAGAUGGACAUCUCGAAGACGGUAAAUAUGCCACGUAAUUUGUUUUUAGAAAAUCACUUGAAAAACUCAAAAAAAAUCGAUGUCGUAUUUGGUCAAACCUUCCCGCAAAUGGAUGUUGUAAAUGUAGUACUUCCACGAAAUGUUAAACCUAUAUUAUACUAUAUAGAAUAAAAGUAAAAUGCAAAUGAUAAUCUAUAUGACAUAAGUGCUUUCCUUAUGACUGUUUCAAAUUUUUAGACUUUCUAAAAUAUUAUUUUAUAUAAUUGCUAUUUACUCUAGUAAUAAGAAAAAAUUUCAUAUUAUCAACUGUACCUUAUUAUUGUUUCUUGUUACUGACUAUUGAAAGCAAUCAUUCCACACAUUGCAAAAAUGUUUGUUGACAUGUUAACGUUUGUUAUUUUAAAUUUGAGAACUUUACUCGAAGAAACAACGAAAAUUGUAAUAGAAUUGAUCGGUAGGUAUACGAAAUUAAUCCAUAUUCGCAAAUGACGCACCAUUAUUUUAACUAAAGUUCUCAAAUUAACCAAUACUCUAUUUCGACAAUGGAAAUUCCAACUCUCCUUUUGGCGAUUAUUUUAGUCCAUCUGUUAUAGCGGAAAAGAAUUCUCAGGACCAAAAAUUUUAUUUAAAUAAUAUAUAGAUUUUUUAUUAUAAAUUUGUAUUUUUAUAAAAUAACUCAGUUAUCAUAACCCGAUUAAAGUAAAAACUCUGGCUUAACACGUAACGACGCUCAAUAAAUAAAAUAGUUCACAUUUUAGCGUACAGGUGUAUAAUUUGAAAGUCAGACGCCAUAAAAACGUCAAAAAUGUCGUUUCUAUCGCGCUUGACUUUGAUGUUUCUUCCGACACGCUUCACUCUUCAGUGUUCAUAUUUUAAAUGUAUUCGUCUAUAUUCCGAUUACUCUCUAUUGCUGUUUACUGCAUUAUGUGACCUUACGUAUAAACGAUAAAUUGUUACGUUUGUUUGUCGUACUUAUUUCAAUGUUAGUCAUUGUUACCUAAAGCAAUUCUAAAUCUCGCUACCUAAGCAAUAAUGUAACUUAUUAAAAAACCACCGUUUAGAAAAAUACAAAUCACAAAUAUAUAAAAUGCUAUGUUAAUAUGUGUAAUGAAUUAGAAAAAUGAGUCGAAAAUAAAACUUUGAGAAACGUUAUUAGUGCGUAAAUUCACCCUGAAACCCUAAUCCAUCAAAUAUAAUACGAAUCGUUGGGAACUCCAAACUUUCCACAUCACGAAGACUUGACGGUAAGUCAAAACAAUUUCCCCCAGUCACCUGUUACGAGCACAUGCACCAUACGUUUCAAGGCGAUUACCACUUGUUUUAUACCGCAUUACAAACAAAUGCGUCCUCUGAAUAAAAUUAGAUUGCAAGCGUCUGAGAGCCACCAAAAAAAUUUCAAGACGAGUUCGUUAAAUUGUCUCUUUUUGCUGGGCUAGGCUUAAUGGGUGCGUUAAAAUCGAUCAACAAAAGAAUGUGAAUUAGUCGAACGGGAAACACGAGCCAAAAGCAACAGGUACUUCUUUGAGUAAUUUGAUAAAAUAAUUUGCUUUUAAUUAUUUGAUCCACGUCGGCAUCAAUCAGAUACCUGAAGGAAUUUUUUGUUUCGUUUCAAAUUAAGAUGGAAAGAGACUCAAUCCCGAUGAUAAUAUCGCGUUUGCUGAUGGGUUUCCACUGUUCCGGGCUUUAUUAAUUAUUUGAGAGGGCUGGACGGCAUCAAGACCAAUCAAUAUUAACUUCAGAUUUAAAAAUCAAAGACUAGCAAUUUCUUUUGUGGGAUUCGGAUUGGUAUUAAUACACAUAAAAUAGCUUAUGAAAUAUGAACAAAGUGAUACGUCGAUCAAUUUUUCCGACUCAUAAAUUUUAAAUAAAGGAUAUGAUUCGAGUGUUUUAUCUUUGAUCUGAGAAAUUCGAAUUUUAUGAUUUGGAGCAUAGGAGGGUAAUAAAAUCGAUUUCCACAACAGGGACGUGAUAUGGAGCAUUCCUAAACAGCUUGUAUGUGGUAUAAUGACGUUAGGAAUAAUCAGAUCCGGAGAAAAUGUAAUUAGAAUGAUGAUAAUCAGCGGUUAAAAGGCGAUCAAUAAUGCUUUUUGCGCACGUAGAACUGAAGCACUAAUCAAAAUAAUAGCGAUCUGGUUUUCCAUCAAUUUCUGCUGAUGUUAAUGAAAACUGUAACCCAAACAGAGAGGAAACUGCUGGAAGCAAUAAACUCGAAAAGUUGAGAUGAUCCAAAAAGUGGUAAUACAAUAUACGCUCCAGGAGAGUUUAUUGUCAACUUGGUGUUUUUCUUUUUAAUAAAUCAAUUUCAUCGAAAGAAUUUCUAUUUUGAAAUGAUUUAUUGCUAAGGCCGCUAGUUCUAUUUUUACUGAAAUUAAUGGCCACAGGAUACAAACAGGGAAAGUGUUAACAACGUUAUUAUCAUUAUCCUGUCAGAGAUUUAAAGUUAACAACUGGUAAAAUAACGUAAAUGAGCAAGUCGGCCCUAAUUGCUUCCACAUCUUGUUUUAUACGAUCGAGCUCUGUUCGAAAUGAAUCCACGCACUCUGCGUUAAUUAAUUACAUACAAAACGGUAAUAAGGUUAUUUACUUUGAGUUUGUUAAAAUUAAAGAACUAUUCUUUGGGGUUGUGGUGUUAGUUAAUGAGUGUUUCUAUUUAUGGUCGACCCUUUGAUGGAACUCACUUGAUGCAAUUAUCUCAGAAUAAUUUAUCACUGUAUCGUUUUAAGGGCUUUCGAGGUAAAAUUAGGAACAAAUGCAAUAAUCUGUCAAGUGUCAGAUGAGUGGAAUAUAUGCAAAUCCUCGUAUUAUCUCCAACUAUGUUUGCCCAAUGUUGAAAAAUUCGACGAUUAGGCAAAUUCCUCAAACAUCACAUCGUUUCCGUUUAUUGACUUUCCGUCAACUUUGACAAUACAAUAACUUGAACGUAAAUAAUAUUUGCACAAUCACAUCUCCUCUCCGAUCUCUGUCAGAUUUUAAGUCGCGAUCCAGGUUGUACGCCAAUCUAAUUAUGCGCGACAUUCAGGGUGUUCUUACUUGAUUAUUCGAUCACGUCAUGUCUUGUAAAACACUCGAAUAGGUAACUUUGUAAAUACACAGGAGUAACAGCUGGAAAAGCAGCUUUUCUUCCUCGAAAAUCAUAACAUUGUUUUCACACGUUUCGACAACUGUUCGAAGUUAAAUCUAAACAUUGACGAACAUGUGAUCACUGAACGAAACUUUUCGCUCCUUUGUGAACAUUUAGGGGAGCAAAAUAUUUAUUUGAGGGAGUAAAACCACUUCCGCCACACCCUCUCUGUGUCCACAGUUUUAAUUCUUCAUUGAACUGUUUGCCGUGGGCGAACACAACAUUAUCGCUUUAGUCCCCUAAAGUCGUUUUUGAUUUAUCCUUAAUAUUUCAUAUUUUCGCAAAACAUUUUCUAAACACACAUACAAGCCUACAAAAAACAAUAUGCUUCCCGGUAUCGAUCCACAUAAAAUAUUUUGCUUCUAGUACGUUAUACUGUACAAAGCCGAACGUUGUGAAAUCGCAUUAUAAAUUUUCAUGUUUUUAACGAAAUGAAAUUUUGAUAAAAUAACUUAAUAAAGGAGUGUUUCAGCAUCAAAGCUUUGUCGAACAGUUUUAAUUAUUUUUUGUAAACGUCAUUUAUACAUACUUCCAAUGAGAGAAACGAAAGGUCAGCUUGUUAUCCUAAGCGACAAACGAUUUAUUUUAAAAAAUACUGCAGAUUUAAAGUUUACGCUUUCGAAAACCGAUUAAAAGAAACUACAGGCAGUUAAUCCGAAAUGAUACAAUGAAAGUUUUAAUCUGCGAUUAAAUUUUCUCUCUGUUCUUUUAACGAAAACCAAGUCGUAAAUCUGGUUAGAAAAAAUAAUAUAUGAGCUACAAAUGAAACUCUAAAAAAGCCAAAAAACUUCGAACGCAAUUUGCAUAUUUAUGUAUACUCAAAAUAAACGCAUUUUCCCCGAGUGACUCACUGUGCUCUAAUAAAAUCGUCUAAAUAAGAAAUCUGGAGGAUUAGAAUCGCCCAUAACUAAGUCAGGAUUAUGUCAAAAUUAAUUAGGGCCUUUGUUGAUUCAGCGUUCGCUUAUUUUCGGUGUCUGUUCGCUUCAUGCGACAAUCUGUAACUUUGAAGUUUACUUCCAAGUCUUCCAACGGCAAUCUAUCAAUUAACCUUAACAUGUUCGCUUGUGCAUGAAAAUCGUUCAACAAAAAUACAUUCCAAAGUCGAUGUAAUAAAUCGCAUCAUUCAGUUCGAUCUCUAUGCGACGGAUAAAUCCAGAAUCCCAAUAUUUAUCACUCUUUGUAUUUAAUACAACGUGUUUCAGCAAGUGGCUCUUAAAUUUUCCUACCAUACCUCAUAAUAUCUUCGGUACAAAGCAAAAGCUCGAGAAAACGAGUUGGUAUUAAAGCGAAAUCGGCUUAAAGGUUUAUUACAGCCGCCCAAAAACAGGGCUAAACUCCCCCUUCAGCCAUUGUUAACUUUUAUCAGUUGUCUUUAAUGAAUAUUAAACUAAGUUCACAGACUAAUUUCACAACAAAUUAUUUCAACGAUUCACUCCCGUCAAUCCAGUGAUGGAUUGCGUCAAUUUCAAAACACUGCAAGUUCCGGAACACCCACAAUAAUCACCCUUUUUCUAAAUUUUGCACAUUGGAUUAAUUUAAUAACUAAACUCGCCAUGUUUAUGGGCCCUAGAGAAUGUCUUGUAACGAUGGUUUUAAUUAACUGAAUAAAUAUGUAAAUCCCGAAUGAAAUUUGGUUUUUACGUUGAAUUUAUUACGUAAGUGUCGCUUUUAACGAAGUCGGCAAACAAAUGGCUCUUUAUCCGUGAAAUUUAAAUAAAUAAGGCAACAAUAUUUAAAAAAAACGUGUUUGAACAAGUAUGAAAUUUGUUUUUCUUAAAAAUUUAAUGGUGGUUCCCGUAGUUUGCCUAAAGUCAAUAAGGCAGAUUUUUGGUGGGGACAGUCAUUUAUCCUAACUCACAUAUAAAUAUCCUCUUCGUAGCCAUUACUUGGAGUUAUUACAAAUACAUCAUCAGCAAGAUGAAGUGCUUAAUAGUUGUUUUAUCAAUUAUAGUCGCUAUUCAAGCCGCUAGUUAUCAGUUAAUUCCAGUGAUUGAACUCUGGGGGGAAGUCCCCAUUGCACAAUCUCGCAGCGUCCGCUCGGCCGACCCGCGCCGUUACGGGGGCUACGGCUCCCCCGGAGGCUCCGGGGCGCAGUCCGACGCCUCCGCCACCAGCCAGACCCAAAGCGGCUCGUUUGGGCCAUUCGGGCCGUUCUUCGGCGGCAAAGGCUUCGGAGGCGGCUCGAAUUCAGACGCCGGAGCCAAAGCCGGAGCUUUCGGUUCCGGAAAUUCCGACUCGACUGCCAAUGCACAAUCGCAGACUUUCACAGGAAAUGGGUUCUCAGGGUCGGCCUCUUCGGCCAGUGCCUCCAGUCAUAGCUCCUCAGGCUAUGGAGGUUUAGGACACAGCCACCUAGGGGGCCUGGGGGGUCUGGGGGGCGCCUCAGCCUCCAAGGCCCAAGCAGCCGCUCAAAGCGACAGUAAAUCGCACUCGUAAUGUACUUUUUGUCUUGUAAUAAACUGUGGAAAAUU